AACGGUUCCAUCCUGUGCACAUCGGUGCUGUGCCAGGUCUCUGCCGUGUCAGCUCAGAUUGAACACACUCCAUUCACAACAUAGACGAGCUACCCAGCACAUCCCCCUCCUCCCCCCCACCACCACCUUUUGUUGCAGUUGCUAAUUGAAUACAACGGAUCCAGAUCUAGGAUUGUGACAACUGUCAACACUGAGGGGGGGACGACGUAGAGCCACUGCGUACAUAUCAACAGGUGACAGCAAAUACACUGGUGUUCCCCCACCCGCCCGAGGUUUGUUUACGUGCUGCGAUCGACGUCGAUGGAGGCAUGCCUUGAUGGAGCUCUAACUGGCCGUGGCGGUGCAAACGAAAGGUACUUUUAUUGAUUCGUUUAAAGUUUAAAGGUUAACUUUUCAUUUCUACUACAUCUUCAAAAUAUUCUUAAUUUAAAUAUUCUUUUUUUUUUUUUUUUUUUAAAUGUAAGUUAACAGACCUAAUUACGACUGUGUUUUGGCUUCAGAACAAAAGGUUAGACACGUGUAGGUGGACCUAUUAAAAAAAAAAAAAUGAAAAUAAAUACCGGUGAAGAAACAGUUAAAGCCAGGAUAUUUAAAUUAAAGUCAGUUUGGUCUAGAAAAAAAAUUAAAUUUUUGUUUUUUAAACGGGAACUCCCCUGUCUGAGGCGUUCGAAUGAAAAACAUAAAUAAUAAUAAGUCUACGGCAGUGGUUCUGAACCUUGCUAAUGCCUUUAAUGCCGCGACCCUUUAAAGACAGUUUCACAUGUCCCCAGCCACACAAUUAUUUUCGUGGCUACGUCGUAGCUGUUAGUGAUAAAUUUGUUUUCAGAUGGUCUUAUUCAGAGGCGUAACUGGGUUUUUUGACGCCAUUGGGAAAUUUAUUAAUGGCGUCCUUGAUAAAUUGACAAGUUUCAGCUUUGCAGCGCCCUUUUUAACUGGCGCAGGCCGCGCCCUUGGCAACUCCCCCAGUGCCAAGCCGUUGUUACGCCACUGGUCUUAUUUGGCGACCCCUGGGAAAGGGUCGUGCGACCCCUAAAAGGGUCGCGACCCACAGGUUGAGAACCGCUGGUCUAUGUGGAUGCAUAUUUGUCUAUAGUUAUAUUACGAUCUAUACCUGGAUACAAGAUGUACUAUUUUUUUUGUUGUUGAAUUUAUCAUUUAAAAAUAAAGAAAUAUUAUUGUGUAGUUCUAGUACUGGCAUCCGAGCGUGCAACGGUAAGCGAUGUUGCUACUCUAACAGCUCCUAGGAGUCUUUAACUUUCUAAUCGACUACGACCCUUAGCCCACCGACAAGCCAAGAGAAAUGUUUUCAAAACCCAUUACUGAUUACCGUACUGGUAAAAAAAAAAAAAACAAUACAAAAGAGAUUUGUUGACCUUAUCAAGAGUGUCCACCUUAUCAAAGCCUGCUAAGUACUUGCGUUGAUCGAGAGCUUGUUGGAUACAACACACUCUGAACUUAUUGACAAAGCCGAUUUGUUCAGGGGUCAAUAGUUGUAUGUGUAGAUGUUACCAGGGAUUCUCACAUGGUUCCCCUUAACGUACCUUAUCUCAUAUUGCACAUGUUAUUUUUCCACCAUACCACCCAAUAUAUUAUUAUUAUUGUUAAUUGACUGAUACAUUAUAUAGCACUGUACCCCCAGCCUAGAGCUGGGCUCACCGCGCUGUAUAUAAAAAUAUUAGCAAAAGAGACAUAAUGGUGACAUUAAAAUAACAUUCAUUUUACACAUUUAUGUAAUAAACACAGUUGUAUAACACAAAAAAAACACAAAAAACAAAUGUAUAUUCACCACGCCCACCCCAGAACUAUUACAUGUCAAGCCAUGGACGACAGCCAGCAAUAUCGUUUAUCGGUGAGAGGUGAUGUAGGGGUGUAAUCAGUCGGUGUAGGAGAGUUGAAAGAGAUGUGUUUUUGACUGCCAUUUUGAAUAGAUCAGUUCCAAUGUGUUUACAUGUUCUCAUAAUGUUCCUUUUAUCAUAUUGAACCUGUUCUCUGCACCACAGAUAUAAUGAGAAAAGGUCCACUCCUGAAGCUGCUACUACCACUGUCCACUAUUGUCAUCCUCUUCAUCUGGUCAGUGGGUGACCUCAGCUUCUUCUCCAACUGGGCACUCAGAGAUCCGAAUGGUAAUUUAAAAGCUGCUUUAUAUCUCAUGCCUUAUCUAAUGCCACUCAUGUUUAGACAAUCAUUCAUUCUAGCGUUUGGCAGGGAAUAUCUAGUCAAGCUCAUGCUAAGACAAUCAUUCAUUCUAGUGAUUGCCAGGGGGUGGUCUAGUCACACUCAUGUUAAGACAAUCAUUCAUUCUAGUAAUUGCCAGGGGGUGGUCUAGUCACACUCAUGUUUAGACAAUCAUUCAUUCUAGUGAUUGACAGGGGGUGGUCUAGUCACACUCAUGUUAAGACAAUCAUUCAUUCUAGUGAUUGCAAGGGGGUGGUCUAGUCACACUCAUGCUUAGACAAUCAUUCAUUCUAGUUAUUGCCAGGGGUGGUCUAGUCACACUCAUGUUAAGACAAUCAUUCAUUCUAGUGAUUGUCAGGGGGUGGUCUAGUCACACUCAUGCUAAGACAAUCAUUCAUUCUAGUGAUUGCCAGGGGGUGGUCUAGUCACACUCAUGUUAAGACAAUCAUUCAUUCUAGUGAUUGCCAGGGGGUGGUCUAGUCACACUCAUGCUAAGACAAUCAUUCAUUCUAGUGAGUGCCAGGGGUGGUCUUGUCACACUCAUGCUAAGACAAUCAUUCAUUCUAGUGAUUGCCAGGGGGUGGUCUAGUCACACUCAUGCUAAGACAAUCAUUCAUUCUAGUGAUUGCCAGGGGGUGGUCUAGUCACACUCAUGUUAAGACAAUCAUUCAUUCUAGUGAUUGCCAGGGGUGGUCUAGUCACACUCAUGUUAAGACAAUCAUUCAUUCUAGUGAUUGCCAGGGGUGGUCUAGUCACACUCAGGUUAAGACAAUCAUUCAUUCUAGUGAUUGCCAGGGGGUGGUCUAGUCACACUCAUGCUUAGACAAUCAUUCAUUCUAGUGAUUGCCAGGGGGUGGUCUAGUCACACUCAUGCUAAGACAAUCAUUCAUUCUAGUGAGUGCCAGGGGUGGUCUAGUCACACUCAUGUUAAGACAAUCAUUCAUUCUAGUGAUUGCCAUGGGGUGGUCUAGUCACACUCAUGUUAGGACAAUCAUUCAUUCUAGUGAUUGCCAGGGGGUGGUCUAGUCACACUCAUGCUUAGACAAUCAUUCAUUCUAGUGAUUGCCAGGGGGUGGUCUAGUCACACUCAUGCUUAGACAAUCAUUCAUUCUAGUGAUUGAGGGGGUGGUCUAGUCAGACUCAUGCUUAGACAAUCAUUCAUUCUAGUGAUUGCCAGGGGGUGGUCUAGUCACACUCAAGUUUAGACAAUCAUUCAUUAAUAUGGUUGUCAGGGGUGAGGGGGUAGUGCAGGCACUAGAAAAAAGUUGUGUGUGUGGGGGGGGGGGGAUAUUUUAUGUGCAAAAAAAUUUAUUAUUAAGUGUCAUGACAUAAUAGCAAGAAUGUCACCUGACCCAUUGACUCAUAACUUAUAUCCUAUGUGGCAAGCUGCCCAAUCCUCGAAUUGUCACAUGGUCCUCACUCCAUCCCAGGAAUAGCACUUAAUCCACUGCCCCAUCCUAAUGAUAACUCCUGGUCCCAUCAUCACCCCAGGAAUACCAGCGAAUACCCCCCCCCCCAAUCCAAAUCAAUAUCAUCUGAUCUCUUCUACUUUUUUUUUUACUGAUGUACCUUCAUUUGAAAUUUGUUGUAAGAAUCUGCAAAGAAGCAAGUAAGAAAAGUCUUUCCAUCCCCUUGUUUUGAAAGUAAGAGGGACGUGGAAACUCUUUCAAUCCUCUAAAAUAAGAGUAAGACUCUGCGUAGUAGCAAAUGGAAAAAGACGACUUUCAAUCCUAAGAUAUUAGAACGGACACUUCUAUUGUCUCAACCUGCUACACAAGCUAUGCAUUGAUUUUUGUUCUUGUUAUUGUGUUUGUUUUGGUUUGGUUUUGUUGUUUGGCCUAAAGGCGUCAGGCUUAGUUAACCAUGAAAGCAAUUUCCAAUUGCUGCAUUAUUCAUACAGACAUUCUUCAGGUGACUGCUAGAGGGAUGUCCAUCAAAGGACAUGACUCAGUUUGCUGACAGCCCUACCGAUGUCUGACAUUCUUCAGGUGACUGCUAGAGGGAUGUCCAUCAAAGGACAUGACUCAGUUUGCUGACAGCCCUACUGAUGUCUGACAUUAUUCGGUUGACUGCUAGCGGGAUGUCCAUCAAAGGACAUGACUCAGUUUGCUGACAGCCCUACUGAUGUCUGACAUUAUUCAGUUGACUGCUAGAGGGAUGUCCAUCAAAGGACACGACAUCAGCUUGCUGACAGCCCUACUGAUGUCUGACAUUAUUCAGUUGACUGCUAGAGGGAUGUCCAUCAAAGGACAUGACAUCAGCUUGCUGACAGCCCUAUACUGAUGUCUGACAUUAUUCAGUUGACUGCUAGAGGGAUGUCCAUCAAAGGACAUGACAUCAGCUUGCUGACAGCCCUACUGAUGUCUGACAUUAUUCAGUUGACUGCUAGAGGGAUGUCAAUCAAAGGACAUGACAUCAGCUUGCUGACAGCCUUACUGAUGUCUGACAUUAUUCGGGGUUGGCAGCUAGGGGGAUGUCAAUCAAAGGACAUGACAUCAGCUUGCUGACAGCCCUACUGAUGUCUGACAUCAUUCAGUUGACUGCUAGAGGGAUGUCCAUCAAAGGGCAUGACAUCAGCUGAUAUCUGACGCAUUCACUUUUCAUUUCAGGCAUACACUGCAGUGAAUCCCACAUGUUGGCUGACCAGCCAGCCACGAGUGGAAGGGUCAAACUCGUCCUGUUCUACAAGUUUCCAGAAUUCUACGAGCUGGAGCCCGCGUCGGGUGUCCGAAUCUUUGACUCCUGUGAGAAGAAAUGCGAGCUGACGGUGAACGAGACCAGGUUCAAGGACGCGGAUGCUGUCGUUUUCUACUCACACAAGAACCUCUUCAACUUGGUUACCCCGCCUGAAAAACGAAACGGGCAGAAAUGGGUCUUCUUCGCCGUCGAGAGUCCCGUUUAUUCCGAGAACUCCGGAUUCGGUUCUUCCAAAUGGCACGGAAAGUUUGACUGGACCAUGUCGUACAGAUACGACUCUGAAUUUUGGCACGGGUACGUUCGGACCAAGCAGAGAGAAACGCCCGCGUCCAGCGAGCAAAAGACAGACGAUACCCGGCGGUGGAAGGAGGGCUUCUCCAACAAGACCAAGAUGGUGGCCUGGUUCGUGAGCCACUGCGUCACCGACAGCCGCAGGGAGAAGUACGCCGCCGAGCUGUCCAAGCACAUCCCCGUCGAUAUUUACGGCGACUGCGGAACUCUUCGGUGCGACGAUAGGGAACAGUGCCUUCGGAUGCUGGACAGGGAUUACAAAUUUUACCUGUCCUUUGAGAACUCGCUGUGCAAGGAUUAUGUGACCGAGAAGCUGCUGAAUGUCUUACAGCGUAACUCUCUGAUUCCGGUGGUGAGGGGCGGGGCCGACUACAAGAAGCUGUUCCCGGCCGGCUCCGUCAUUGAUACCGGCGACUUCUCCAGCCCGGAGAGCUUGGCCCGUUACUUGAAACAGCUUGCUGGGAAUGAGGUGAGAAAAAUAAGGGGGAAAAAAAUCUCAUAAUAAAAAAAUGACCGUUAGCCGCACUGUGUCAAGGCCUUUGUGAUCACACUGGCAGGGCCUCAUUAGGCCCUCUGUGAAAGUGUUUCUGUAACCACAGUGACAGGGCCUCUUUAUGCCACCUGUGAAGGUGUAUCUGUAGCCACACUGACAGGGCUUGUGUGUGAUCCUUAGUUAAAAAUUAUAUCAGUAAAUGUACACAAGCAUGUAAAGUAAAUAUACAUGUAAUUGUUCAAUUAAAUAUACCCUUACACAUGCAUGUAAAUAAACAUGUAUUCUCAUUUUCUUUAUUCCCCCAGGAGGACUACAUCAAAAGAUUGCAGUGGUCCUGGCAGUAUCAAAUCACAGGCCCCAACUUGCCACUUUGUCCUUUAUGCAAAAAAUUGUAUGCACAGAGAGAGCCAUCGUGUGUCUACAACAAUGUUUACUCUUGGUGGACCAGAAACAUUUGUUACCCACCCAGAGACUACUACUAAGUCAAUGUAAUACUAAGUCAGUUUACUACUAAGUCAGAUUACUACUAAGUCAGAUUUCUUAUUAAGUCAGUUGACUACUGUGUCAGUUUAAGUGUCGAAAAAUGUAAUAUCAAAUUAAGUCCAAAUGUUCUCCUUAACCUUUGUCAGAGCGAGUCGACUUUGUGCAACACAGGGCAUUCAAUCCAUUCAGGGUCUCAUUUCAUACAGGGCCCACAUGCGGGGCCCUCAUUUCAUACAGCGCCCACAUGCAGGGCUCUCUUUUCAUACAGGGCCACAAUCCAUGCAAAGCCCUCAUUUCAUUUCAUACAGUCCCCACAUGCAGGGCCCUCAUUUCAUACAGGGCCCACAUGCAGGGCCCUCAUUUCAUACAGCGCCCACAUGCAGGGCCCUCAUUUCAUACAGCGCCCACAUGCAGGGCCCUCAUUUCAUACAGCGCCCACAUGCAGGGCCCUCAUUUCAUACAGCGCCCACAUGCAGGGCCCUCAUUUCAUACAGC